AUGGCGCUGUUGAACUCGUCGACCGCGAACGGUCCCAACCCUCAAAGUCAUUCAACACCACUGCACCAUUACUUCCACUACCUGAAGCAGCCGUCGCCCUUAUCACAGAACCCUUAUGGGCCCGGACCUCACAUGGGCAUGGGCCCCGGACUUGGAGGCCUGGGACCUUUCGGAUUGACACACCACGGCCUCGAGGCUGUUGGAUUUCCACAAGGUGUAAAUCCUCGUAAGCAGCGGAGGGAAAGAACAACCUUCACUCGGGCUCAGCUAGACGUAUUAGAAGCUCUGUUCGGGAAAACAAGAUAUCCAGACAUCUUCAUGAGAGAGGAGGUAGCUCUGAAGAUAAACCUGCCAGAAUCCAGGGUCCAGGUCUGGUUCAAGAACCGUCGCGCCAAAUGUAGACAGCAGCUCCAACAACAGACAAACUCACAGAUAUCAAGCAAAUCCUCUUCAUCAUCAAAAACGAUCACCACGACCAGUUCCAUGAAGAGCUCCAACAAAAUCUCCUCCACAAAACCUUUGACAUCCUCCAAUUCUUUGACAUCCACACAGAACAGCAUAACCACAUCAUCCCCAAACCUUCCAACCCCCACAACCUCCGUCAGUCCUCCAAUCAACGUAAUCUGCAAGAAAGAAUCAGCUCCAAACUACGAUUCAUCACCAAUUAACAAAAAUCUUUCAACCAUAAAUCAUUACACCAAAGAUUCAUCGCCGGACGUAAAUGUCCACAACUAUGGCGUAACUCCAAAACAGGAGCUAUACAACAGUCCCAAAAGACUUGAAUACAACAAAGUGGACUAUACAGACAAAUUCAGCGGAAAUCUUGUUAAAGAGCAAUAUAAUUCGCGUCUGACGGGGAAUUUGACUCCAUUGGGGUCUAACUCCUCUAUAAUGACGACCCCAUCCCCCCCAAUCACCCCCCAGAGCAUCAACGGCCCGGGGAACGUGUAUCACCCCGAUACAUAUAAUAGUUUCCACUGGCCCGGCGGGUCUGAUUAUAUCCGAGGGUAUUCUGGCACGCAUCAUCAGGGAUAUGGGCAGAGUUAUAACUCGCCUUACUAUCCUACACAGAUGGAAUACUUCAACGGGUCAUCAGUGAACCAAGCUCACUCAAGUCACCACGGCCACAACCUGUCAGCCAACAGCAACCAGCUGUACAACCAGGUUUCCUUCGGCAACCCGUCCCCGCCAACCGCCUGGAGUUCACACAACCUGCUCUCGGGCGCUGAAUCACCGGAUAACCAAGCACAGAACCACCUCAGCAUGAUCCAAGCAUCACAAAUAACCAACUUCCCAAACACAAGCAACAGCUACUUCGCGCCAGAAAAAUACGGCAUCAACAUGGUCUAG